AGCAUUUCAAAAUGAAUAAUUUUUCUGAAUGUUGAGGGAAAAAAGCAAUUUUUAAGUAGGCUGAAAAUAUGAUCAUGAUUUAAGUAAAGUUUAAUCAAUAAUUAUAAGCAUCAUUUUAAUAACUUUUAUGUCUUGAUUCAGGCUUAUAGAAUUGAAUGCUAUGCGUUACCAUAACUGGCGUUGAAAAUUCAAGCAUGCGCAUUGUGUUCUGAUUGUUGACGACUAUUAUCAACGGAAGCGGACUUGAUUUAAAUUAUCUUCAGCUAAAAUGGCAAUGAAAAAGCAAAAGAUUGCUGUCAUCGGAGCCGGAUUUUUGGGGUUGGCCUCAUUGGUGGCUUUGGAAGAAGAGGGGGUCUUCGAUCCGAUUUGCUUCGAAAAGACUGACAAACCAGGAGGCACCUGGUGUUACAGAGAGGAGACCGAAGAAGGCGUAGGUUCCGUCAUGGCUACGACCAUCAUCAACAUCAGCAAAGAACUGGGCGCCCUCAGCACUUUCCCGCCGAAAAAAGAGAGCAAUAACUUCAUGAGGCAUCAAGAAUUUUAUGAGUACAUAUUAGAUUACUCAAAGUCCAGAGAUGUGCUGCAGUACAUCCAAUACAACAUGGAAGUGGUAAAAGUGAAAAGGACUGAUGAUUAUGAAGAAACCGGUCGAUGGACGGUUACAGUGAAAAACAGACUGUCGGGGGAAGCAUCGACCGAUGUGUACGACGGCGUUUUGGUUUGCGUCGGUCACAUUAACCGACCCAAAAUGCCCUCCUACCCUGGCCAGGACUUGUUCAAGGGGAGAAUCAUGCACACCCACAGCUUGAAGAGAGUCGAACCUUUCAAGGACAAGAGGAUCGUCGUCGUCGGCAUGGGAUGUUCUGGUUUGGAUGCCGCUGUGGAAACCAGCAACGUAGCAAAGCAAGUAUAUUUAAGUACUCGAUCUGGAGCUCACGUGAUCAAACGUGUAGGACACCAUGGUUUACCGUACGACAUAAUAGUGAUUCGGCCAUACUUAUACCAACUUUUAGACUAUAUUCCACAUCAGUCUCUCAGCUGGCUUUUUGAAUCUGUAUAUCUCGAUUUACAAUUUGAUCAAAAAAUGUAUGCUAUUAAGCCAGACCACUGGGCAUUAGGAAAAGAUCCAGUUUUGAAUGACCAUUUUGAUUCGAAAUUACUUUCUGGUUCCAUCGUACAAAAACCAAAAAUUCAAUAUUUUACCGAAAAUGGCGUCCUUUUCAAAGGCGAUGAAGCAGCCACUGAGUGUGAUGUCGUCAUCAUGGCCACCGGAUACACAUGGGAGUUUCCUUUCCUCGAGGAAGGCAUCUUGGUGACGGAAAAAGGCAGGAUCAACCUCUACAAAUGCAUGUUCCCACCACACCUUCCUCAUGGAACACUAGCAAUCAUGGGCUUCUUGCUUCCAUUUGGACCUAUAUUUCCUGCGGGAGAACUGCAGGCCAGAUGGGUGACUCAAAUCCUUGCAAAAAAGUGUAAACUUCCGUCUGAAGAAAUAAUGAUGAGGGACAUUGAAAAAAGACACAAAACAAAUGUAUUAAGAUACGGACCAAUUGAGAAGGCCACCGUUAGGAUAGAUAUCAUUCAAUAUUGCGAUGAACUGGCUUCUCAAUUCGGUGCGAAGCCUAAUCUCCUUAAGAUGCUCUUCACAGAUCCAAAACUAUUCCUGAGAAUUCUUUUUGGACCAAGCGUUUCGUACCAGUAUCGGUUACAAGGUCCCCAUCCUUGGGAAGGGGCCAGAGAAGCCAUUAUGACGACCAUGGACAGAGUUGUAUGGCCCAUGACAAAGCGAAAGGCAGAAGAAAGACACGACAGUUUUUUAAAGAGAUUAAUUCGAACAUUGUUAUUACUUUUUGUUCCCUGAAUUUUAUGUGGCUCCUGAUCAUGACUUUUUAAAAUUUAUUAUUAAUAAGAAAAUUUUGAGUGAAAUUGUUAUGAAAGUAUAUAACCAUUUUUUCGUUUUUUUUUAAAUCAUUUAUUUUAUUAAAGUUUCAUUCUGCGUUAUAUGCCAAAUAGCUCUCUGCAUACAUGACUAAAAUAAGAUAACUGAAAAGAGGGCAUGAAAGUGAUGAAGUGCUGAAAGGGAGUGCAAUUACUAAAUGUCACCAGAUAAUUUGUAAUGAAAGUAACGGGGGAGUGUGAAAUAUUUGAAAGAUAAUUGCUGAAUAUUGUACAUAAUUCAAUUCCUAUUUAAAUGUGAAAAAUUACUAGAAAUAACUCCAAACUAAUCUGAAGGACUGAACAUCUAAAUUUGAGUUGCAGUAUUUAAUACUAAAAUUUUCAAGAUAUACAAACGAAUCUCUAUUUUAUAGUAUCCCAAUAUAUGAAUUCCAAUAUAAUGGUUCCCAAAAACUCGUGCUUUACUUGUUUGCUUGAAAAUGUUAGUUUCCGCGAAUGUUUCUUACAUCCAAAGUGUCAAUUUUUGAAGCGUGGCUUACAUAAAAAUUGGUAUUCGAAUGUUAAAAUUUGUCUGAUAUGUUUCCAUUUCAAUAAAAAGAAUUUUGGACUUCAGAGCCCAUAUGUAUUAUUUAACCCAUUUUUUUAAGUACGGGGGAGUUUCAUUUUUUGAUAUCCAAAUAAGCUAUUGUCAAUAAAUUAUUAACGUACCAUCCCUGUUGAUUAAUAAGAACAAAUAUGUGAAUAAAUUUACGCUGGGAAGGAGUUGAGU